AUUCAACAGUGAUGUCGACCCCUCUCAAGCCAGACGCUUAUGUUCUUGCAAGCCUAAUGGAAUCUCACUUCAAAGAAAUCGAUCUGAUCCCGGAACUGUUUCUCCCGAACAAAGAAGAAAUGCUUCUCAUACUAGACAAGUGCUUCUCACACUCUUGCCUGGAGAAGGCUAUUGCAGAAAAAAUUGCUGUCGAUGAAAGCGAUUCAGCCAAUCAGCUUAACCCCGGUCCAGUUGACUCUGCUCUUCUCAAGGACUGCGUGGCGCAGGUUCGGUUGGCCAGCAACAAACGCUUCAUCAAAAUUGUGCAUUGCUACCUGCUCAAAGCAGGAAAGGAGAAAAAAGCUCAAGAGUACCUCGAAAAGGUGAGCCCUGCAUCCCGGGUCGAUCACUUGGAGUCCGUCAAGAUGUGGAAUUACCUUACUCUGCCAUUCCAGGUGCUCAAGGUAAUGGAGGAUAUGGGAUUAGGCACAAGCCCUUUGAGUUUCUCCACGCCUCCAGCACCACCUGAGGUUUUUCCCACUCCGGCACCGGGCUGGAGGCCCGGCCAGGAUACUGCCCACGGAUGAGGCUGGCAUUGUGCCUGAGACCAAGGACAGACCUUCAACAGCCGUGGAGCCUAACUCUGUUGGACUAGUUCUUCACGUUGGUGAGGUUACAGACCGGUCUAUGAUGGAUGCUGCAGCUGAAGACAAGAAGAAGAAGGGGGUGAUGGAAGUGGAAUCUCCUCUGGCACAGACUGAGCAUUACACAUUUAUCCUGUUUUCUUUCCUUUUUCUUUGAAGACUACAAUUGUCCUGGUUUUAAUCUGGUUUGUUAAUUUUAGAUUUCUUACCGUAUUUGUGGCA